AAGUGAACUUCUCUUCCAAACAGAGACACAUUCCGAGGCCCAUUUUUCAUAGCAAUCUUCUGUGCAGCAGUUGCAACAUCUUUCUUCACUUCUUUUCAAGUUAUUAUGGGAACUCAGGCAACAGAUGACUUUAACUCUUAUCCCAAAAAUUCUACUGUAGAAGAAAUAGAAAGACAGAAGGCAAUUGAUGCCUGGCUUCCAAUUACUUCUUCAAGGAAUGCAAAAUGGUGGUACUCAGCUUUCCACAAUGUCACUGCCAUGGUUGGAGCUGGUGUUCUCAGUCUCCCUUAUGCCAUGUCUGAGCUUGGAUGGGGUCCUGGUGUGACUGUACUAGUCCUUUCAUGGAUCAUCACCUUAUACACCCUAUGGCAAAUGGUUGAGAUGCAUGAAAUGGUUCCGGGGAAACGUUUUGAUAGAUACCAUGAACUGGGUCAGUAUGCUUUUGGUGAAAAGCUUGGUCUUUAUAUUGUGGUGCCUCAACAACUUGUGGUUGAAAUUGGGGUGAACAUUGUAUAUAUGGUCACUGGGGGAAAAUCAUUGCAGAAGUUCCAUGACACCGUGUGUUCCAGCUGCAAAAAGAUCAAAUUGACCUUUUUCAUUAUGAUUUUUGCCUCUGUUCACUUUGUACUGUCUCACCUACCCAACUUCAACUCCAUUUCUGGUGUAUCUUUGGCAGCAGCAGUCAUGUCUUUGAGUUACUCUACAAUUGCCUGGGCAGCUUCUGCUCAUAAGGGUGUUCAAGAAGAUGUGCAUUAUAGUUACAAAGCUAAGAGUACAGCAGGAAAAGUCUUUAACUUCUUUAGUGCCCUUGGAGAUGUGGCUUUUGCGUAUGCUGGACACAAUGUUGUGCUAGAAAUCCAAGCAACAAUUCCAUCUACACCAGAAAAGCCAUCCAAGGGUCCUAUGUGGAGAGGAGUAGUUAUUGCCUAUAUAGUUGUGGCUUUGUGUUACUUCCCAGUUGCUCUUAUUGGUUACUGGAUCUUUGGCAAUGAAGUUAAAGACAACAUCCUCAUCUCUUUAGAGAAUCCAAAAUGGCUUAUUGCAAUGGCUAACAUGUUUGUUGUCAUCCAUGUUAUUGGAAGUUAUCAGAUUUAUGCAAUGCCAGUGUUUGACAUGAUUGAAACUGUGAUGGUGAAGAAGUUGAAUUUCCAACCUACCAGAACACUUCGUUUUAUUGUACGUAAUUUGUAUGUGGCAUUCACAAUGUUCCUUGGUAUUACCUUCCCAUUUUUCGGUGGCCUCCUAGGAUUUUUUGGAGGAUUUGCUUUUGCUCCAACAACAUACUUCCUCCCCUGUGUCAUGUGGCUUGCAAUCUACAAACCAAAGAGAUUCAGCUUCUCUUGGUGGAGUAACUGGAUCUGCAUUGUGUUUGGCCUAUUAUUAAUGAUUUUAUCACCUAUUGGAGGAUUGAGGACAAUCAUAAUUGAGGCCAAGACUUACAAGUUCUACUCUUAAACACAUUCACAUGCAAAUACGAGAAAUGAGUGAUAGCUCAAUACAGUUAAUUGGGUUAGCUUCAAAUCUGAAAUAUAUUGGUGGAGGAGCAUCCACACUGUGCCUGUUAGUGGAAAAGAAAAUUAUGACACAAAUCAAAUCAAAGGAAAAUUUCUAGACAUCUUUUGUCAUAUUUCACAUUUUGAAUGUAUAUUGCUUUUGUCUUUUGCUUUUGUGAUGUUUAGUGUAAUACUUAUUUGGUUUCUAUCAGUUCACAUAAGAA